CACUUUCAAUCACUUUUUUUUUCUCCCGGUCCUUCUCACAAGGCGCUCUUUAAGCUCCGCUGUCGCCACACAGAGCAGCCAUUCAUCGGCUCCACAGUCGGCCACACACUCCCAUGUUGAACCACUGGACAUCUAAAUUGGUGUAGCUGUUUUUUCUGAGGAGGAUUUCCAGCUCAGACUGGGGAGGAUUUGGACACUUUUACGCAGCAGCAUGACUUUGCCUGGAAAGAGUCCGCAGUAAUUGGAUCAUCGUAGACUCCGAACAGCGUGUUCAGUUAAAACUAUUUCAUCGCUCUCGAUAGUUUGGACACGAUCUAUAACUUCUUUUUUAUUUUGUAUUCAGUUUUGACUUUUCGUUUGCUGAAAUUUAAAAAUAAUAAUUAUGUCGGGAGAGGAGCACAGCCUGUCCGAGGCGGAGAUGAGUCCCGGAGGGUCAGACGACGGUCACUCACUGUCACCGACUCAACCCGGAGCGUCACACGGCCAAGGAUCACCUCUGCCCGGGCCGCCGCAGCAGCUGACCGCGCUCUGCGUCGCGGACGGCGUCGGGGAUGAUGGAGAUGGAUCCAGGGCCAAAUCAGAGGAAGAUGACGAUCGCUUUCCGAUCGGAAUCAGAGAAGCGGUCAGUCAGGUGCUGGACGGAUAUGACUGGACUCUUGUGCCAAUGCCGGUGCGCGUUAACAACGGAAACAAAUCAAAGCCCCACGUCAAGAGGCCCAUGAACGCCUUCAUGGUGUGGGCUCAGGCGGCGAGGAGGAAACUGGCUGACCAGUACCCCCACCUGCACAACGCGGAGCUCAGCAAGACCCUGGGCAAACUGUGGAGACUGCUGAACGAGAACGACAAGAGGCCAUUCAUCGAAGAGGCGGAGAGGCUGAGGAAACAGCACAAGAAGGACUACCCGGAGUACAAGUACCAGCCCCGGAGACGCAAAAACGGCAAACUAUUGCCUCCCAGUGAGUCUGAUAUCCAAGGGGAAGGAGAGGCCAGCCACUCCCAGUCUCACUACAAGACCCUGCAUCUGGAGCAUAAUGGUGGGGCUGGUUCUCCCCUGGGUGACCUGCACCACCACCACCAUCACCACCACCAUCCUGCUGGUCAGGGUCACAGCCCACCAACGCCCCCCACCACACCCAAGACAGAGCUCCAGUCUGGAAAACUGUCUGAUACCAAAAGGGAUGGGGCAACAGGAGCGGCCGGAGGAUCAGGAGGGUCCAGAGGAGCCCUGGGGGUGGGAGCUGAAGGUGCAUCCGGUGGUCCCUCUUCAUCGGGUGCUAAACCGCACAUCGACUUUGGCACGAUGGACAUCGGUGAAAUCAGCCAUGAGGUGAUGUCCAACAUCGAGCCAUUUGACGUGAAUGAGUUUGACCAGUACCUCCCUCCCAAUGGCCACCCACAGAGUGGACCCGGGGCCCCUUCAGCCGGCUCUUCUGCCUCGUCUUAUGCCUAUGCCUUGGCUGCGGCGAGCGGGCACUCAGCCUGGCUCUCCAAACAGCAGCAGCAGCCUCAGGCCUCACCAUCGUCCUCUGACCCCUCUAAGGCCCAGAUCAAGAGCGAGUCAGCUUCUGGGAGCCACUAUGCUGAGGCCUCAUCCUCUCCUUCCUCAGGCACCCAUGUCACCUACACCCCGCUCAGCCUCCCUCACUACGGCUCCGCCUUCCCCUCGCUGGCCUCCAGGGCUCAGUUUGAGUACGGAGAGCACCAGGCCCCUGGGGCGUACUAUGCCCACUCCAGCCAGGCCCCAGGGCUGUACUCAGCCUUCUCCUACAUGGGCCCUACACAGAGGCCUCUGUACACUACCAUAGGUGACCCCUCCAGCGUGGCCCCCUCUCACAGCCCCACACAUUGGGAGCAGCCUGUUUACACCACACUCACAAGACCCUGAGGGAGACCAGCUGAGCAGAGGGAAAUAUGGGAAGCGUGUGAGUGGAUCUGUGUGACUGCAAAUAUGUGAGAGUGUGUGUGUGCGUGUGUGUGUGAGUCUAUGCCAUACUGAUGUUAUGUUAGAGGUUUUUACUUUUUUAGCCAAUAA